AUAUUCAUUAAUAAUCUUAUUGUACUUCGUUAACUAUGUUUAUUAACAACAAUAAUUAUCGAAAAGAUUGUUUUUUAUAUAUUUAUUUAUUUACUUUUUUAUUGCAAAAAAAUGUAAUAUUAAAUUAUGCUAAGAGUUAAUACCAGUGAGAUCGUUAUUUCAUUAUUCUUUAUUGUGUGUGUUAAAGUGAAUAUCUACAAAUUUAUAAUAUUUGUUUGUGUAUCAUUUGUUUAAAGAAUCGUGUGCUUUAAAUAGAUCGAUCGAUCAAUAUUAUAGGAAAUAAUAAAUGGAAAAGGAGAAAAAAGAAAAAAAAAAGGAACAAUGGAGGAAUUAAUUCGAGCAGUGAUAUGCCAUUUCAUUUUUAUUAGUGUGGUAUCUAUAUCAGAGAAAAUAUGGUGUCAGUCUUUCUAACCUAUACCAAAUUCGGUAUUCGCAUAAUAGCACGUCCGAAGAUGACGUUUGUAAUAAAUUAUUGCAGACAAUAUGAUGUUGAUUAUUAAAUAUUAUUCUCACGGAAUAUGAUACACAAUGAAUAGUAGUAAACUUUCUAAAUAAGUUUUGAAAAAUUGUCUAAUAUAUACGUGUAUAUAUAUGUCUAUCUAUCUAUCUAUCUAUAUAUAUAUAUACAUACACACACAUACAUAUAUAUAAGUGAAAAGUUAUUCACAUUGUUAUUCGGAAAAUGACGAUAUGUAAUCUAUUCUAAACGAUAAGUUUGUAUACUUUAAUUAGUAAUAAUUUUUUAUUUGAGUCGAUCAACAAAAAAUAAUAAAAAAAUAUAUAUAAUAUAUAUAUAUGUAUAUAUAUAUAUAUAUAUAAAAUUAUUAUUCUAAAGGCGUACGUUAAGUAAUAUCGAAAUAAAAAUGUAUGUAAGAGUACACGCCUUAUCUAAAAUAAGGUAGAGAGAAGUUUGGCUUGAUUGCAAGGAUAAAGAUGGCCGCGCUAGGCUGCCAUGAAGGGAGUGCGUCGCUCGUGCUCGUGGAAAUGGGACGUUGCAACAUCGAAGUGUCAUUGUUGUUCUUAUGAAGUGUCAGAUAGUGACGUUAAGUUAUACUGUUCAGUGCACGAAUUUAAGAAGAAUAGUUCGAAAUGGCAUCCGACAGUAGGAUGGAAUGGGUUGAAAUCAUAGAACCACGUACAAAGGAGCAUAUGUAUGCUAAUCUUACUACUGGAGAAUGCGUAUGGGAUCCACCACCUGGCGUACCUGUGAAGAAGACGGAUAAUAAUCAAUGGUGGGAAUUAUUUGAUCAGAAUACUUCAAGAUUUUACUAUUAUAAUGCCACAUCUCAGAAAACUGUUUGGCACCGCCCAACCGAUUGCGACAUUAUCCCUUUAGCGAAGCUUCAGACGUUAAAACAGAACACAGAGCCGGCUGGUAGUAGCGGAGGUGAUGUCCAAAAAAAUGCAGAAUCAAGAAAGAAAGAGUCUGUGUCUACGCAGACUCAAACACCUGUUAGUCGUUCGAUGCGUUUCAAUCAUCAAGACAAUCCUAAUUUAUCUGUUACACUGCAAGUGGGUAAUGCAAGUAAAUCUCGAACAUCUGGUAUCGGUGUGGAUAUGCAGACAUCUCCGCCGUCUCCAUCUCCUUCCUCGAGACGACAUCAUCAUCAUCAUCAUCAUCACCAUAAUAAUCGACACCAUAGACAUCACGAAGUACCGGCGACUAGACGGCAACAUAAUCAUUCGCAAGAUUCUGGUCGAUCCAGUGAUAGUUCUGUCUCCCAUAGUCGUACGUCUUUAGAAUCAACAGGGUAUCGAUUGUUGGACUCACCGCAUCGUCAUCAUCAUCGUUCUACGGUCCAGCCUCCUCCGGCACACGCUCAGUCUUCACCUAGGCAGCAUAGCGGCACGUUAGAAGGUAGAUGUCACAAAAGUGGAACUCUUGAAAGCGUUAAAAAUCAGAAGUCUAUACCGUUGGGCGAACCACCACCACUGGGAUUGUCUCUCUCAACUAGUACCCCUCUCUUCAAGAAAAAGACUUUCCCAGAUACACAACGCGAGGGUAGAGUAGGAAAUUUGGAUCUUGAAAAGAACAAAAAUGGUAAAGAAAGUAGUAGGGGUUCCUACGGUCCUGAACCAAGUACGUCUCCAUAUAGAGAUUCUUUAAUGGAGUCAAGAGUAUUUAGGCAAGAAAUGCCACCCUAUCGUCCGCCAGAAGUUCAAAUAAGUCAUAGUUAUAAAUCGCAAGGUGAAAAGUAUGGUUCGUUGGUCGAAAGUGGUAACCGUUUCCUUAGGGAAAGAGAUUGGGAAAUGCAUCAAAGAGAAAGAGUUAAUAGUUUGGACAAAUCUAAUACUUCUGCCUUUUAUCCAAGUUCCAUGCAUCCACGGAAUAUGAAUAAGCAAGAUACUACAGGUAGUAUAGGUAAAAGACAUUAUGGAUGUUCCGCGUCAUUGUCAGAAGCAAAUGUUCGUGAUAUGUAUGGGGCAAUGUUAGCAGAGAGAAACGAUCCAUCCAAGAGUCUAGUGCGAGGUACAGGAAUUAUUGGUAACGUAGCUAAGCAAAGAAGUAUGGAAGUAUCUGAGAGAGAAAGAGAACGGGAUCGUGACAGAGAGAAGGAAUAUAGAAGAAACACAGCGUGCAAUAAUUCGCUCGACUGCACGUCGCAGCCUCUGGCUCGUAGUUACAGUUUCGUGCAACAGCAAAAGUUGCAACAAUUACAUCAGCAGCAACAACAACAGCAACAACAGCAGCAGCAGCAACAGCAGCAGCAGCAACAGCAACAGCAAAGUAGAAGAAGAGAUAGAGACGAGGAUGCGAUGCACGAGCGUUAUUUGAUAAGUCAAAGUCACGAACAAUCUAGGCAGCGACUUAGUAGUAACACAAGCAGUAGCAACAGUAGCAACAGCAGUAGUAAUAGUGCUGUAGGGGAAGAUAUAGAAGGUCAUUUGGAUACGGAAGAUAGUAAGAAAAAGAGAAGCAAUGGUAAUCCAAGUCCACCGUUGUCUCCUUUCUAUGGAAAUCUUUUAUCAGAUGCCGACCAUUUGUUACCACUUCAACAUUAUAUUCUUCAGCAAGCUAAGCUAUCGGGUUGUUACAAGUUUGGAGAUCCAUUGUUAGUAGAAGAGGGUGAUGAUUCUUUAGACGAAGAAGGUGGUCGAAGCGGAGGUAUCGGAGGAAGAGUCGACGAUGAUUCGGACGAUCAGUUUGCCGAUGACGAGGCAGCAAGUAAUCAGGGCGAUUCGUCUAGCCAAGAGUAUCUCGAAGAUCAUUAUGCUGAUCUAGGUAACUACGACACUGCUGGUUUAGCGACCUAUUAUAAUACAGCCGACACGUUAACAAGGCCGCAACCAUCUCCACCAGCUUCGCCGACUAUAGUGACGCAACCAGAGACACAAGAUACUGUCGUUCCGUGCGUAAGACGAGUAUCUUUACCAUCGUCCACCCUAACUUCUACACCAAGCGGGGUUACAGGAAACGAUAAUGCAGAUUUAGAUGAGGCACGCCGUGACGAUAGUACCAGUGGUGGUGAUAUCGAAAAAUAUGCUCAAGACAAUCUUAACUUGAAUUGUGGGCGACCGAAGGGAUUGAGAUUAUUGUUCCGAAAGAAAUUCAGUGUCCGCGAUAUUCUCAGUUGGUCGAAGGAUCCGAUACCCCAGCCUAUGUUGGUUGUCGUAGACGGUGAAAAAUUAUUGAAAAGAGAGGCUUGCAAUUUGUUUCGAUUGGUUCAGGUAUAUAUGGGUGAUCGUAAGGCAAACGUUGGUAUGACGUUAGACGGAGUUGCUAUGGACAUCGUAAAUACAGCAUUUUCGAAACCACCGUUACGCGAUGAAUUAUACGUUCAAAUCUGUAGACAGACUACAGAAAAUCCACGAAAAGAAAGUCUUCGUAGAGGCUGGGAACUGAUGGCUGUCUGUUUAGCCUUCGUACCACCUAGCGCUACAUUCGAACCUUACCUCGAAGGAUACAUGAAUAGGCACCGCGAUCCGAACUUCCAAUUUCCAGAGGUGGCUAAGUGGCCGAUUCAUGUACAGGUCAGUCAUUAUGCAACCGUUGCCUGUAAACGUCUUCAGCGGAUUGGUGCUCAUGGUAAACGACAGCCACGUAAAGCUACCAUAGAAGAUAUCGAUCAAGCCAGGAUCCAAAUUUUCCGUGCAUCGAUGUUUGGUGCAACAUUAUCCGAAGUAAUGGCUUUGCAAAGAGAUCGUUUCCCUCUUCGAGAAUUACCAUGGAUACAAACGACCUUAACCAGACAAGUAUUGGUACGUGGUGGAACGUUAACGGAGGGUAUAUUCCGAGUAUCAGCCGAUGCCGACGAAGUUAGCGCUUUGAAAGCCUGCUUAGAUAAAUUUGAGGAUGGUGCGAUAUUGGCAGCGUCCCAAGAUGCACAUGCUCCUGCUUCCUUAUUAAAGUUAUGGGUACGCGAAUUGUACGAGCCUUUGAUACCCGACUCCUUUUAUACGGAGUGCGUAUCGAUGCGUCACGACGAUGCACAAGUUUCAGCAAGUAGCGUAGCUGCUAUCGUUGAUAGAUUGCCUGAUCUCAAUCGACGCGUUUUGUGUCACCUUAUACGAUUCUUACAGAUAUUUGCCAGGCCCGAAGUAGUAGCACGUACCAAAAUGGAUGCAAAUAAUCUUGCAAUGGUAAUGGCACCAAACAUUUUACGGUGCACAUCACAAGAUCCUCGUGUUAUAUUAGAAAAUGCACGAAAGGAAAUGGCUUUUGUUCGUACUCUGAUCGAGUCGUUAGACACUGCUUGGGUCGAUGAUCUUCACUGACCAUUCUAUUACGCUAGCAAAGAACACUUUAGACUAUUAUGCCAAAUGAAUCAGAUGUAUAUUCACACCCGUUGUUAGUUAUCUCACUGUUCUCUACACGUUCGUAUUUUUUUUGUUUAUUCGUUUGUUCAUCUAUCGUCGUCGACGAUUUCUCGUCAUUAAAAAUCUUGAAUGUU